AUUGCAGGUCUGUGUGGUCACAACGGUCGCUCGUAAACAUUGUAGAAUAAUAUACAUUGAAGAACUCUGAAAUCGAACGAAAAUGAAUUACAUUCUUUCAACAGUCGUUGUUGCCCUUGUUUUCUGUGUGGUGGAGUCUAAAGAAUCUCCACCCAAGGUUCAGGUGUACAGCCGCAACCCUGGCAAAUACGGCCAGGAAAAUACUCUGAUCUGUCAUGUGAGCGGCUUCCACCCACCGGACAUCGAUAUCAAGCUCAUGAAAAAUGGCAAUGAGAUCCCUGGAGCCAAGCAGACUGACUUGGCUUUUGAACAGGGCUGGAGGUUCCACCUGACCAAGAGUGUUGCCUUCACCCCAAAUGACGGAGAUGACUACAGCUGCAAGGUCCGCCACCUGAGCACCACAAAGGCCUAUACCUGGGAGUCUAACAUGUAAGGAUCUGCAAGAGGACAUAAUGGUGCCCAUUCCAUCUGAGGGCAUCCUCUCCCUGACACCAUAUUCAUCUGUUUCUGUAACUUUCCAAUAUCAACAUGGGUUUUUAUUUUUGUUUUUAAUAACGCUUAGUGCCACCGUGUCAGAUUUCAGGGUUUCAAGUACUUUGGAAUUAAAUAGGAAAACUAUUGCUCUAGUUAGAAAUGUGUAACCUCAUGUCUAAAAAUUGCAAGUACAUUCUCACUUCUUUAAAAACAAGAAUCAAGGAUUUAUCAAGUAUUUUAUUGAAAACAUUUUAUGUGUGGGGAGCGGUGAUUGUUUUAAUUUCCUUUAAAUUCAUACUAUUAGAUGUAAGACUUUCUGAAAUUGUAAUAAAAUGUGCACUAUGGUAAUAUGGUGUCAGGUUUAAAAUGGC